CGUUCUAUCCAAACCAGGGCCCAACAAACCCCGCACUUUUUCACUUUCCCCUUUCAUCAUCUCUCUCUCAUUUGAGGAAUCCCUAAAUUAAGCUUUGCCCUCUCUCUCCUCUCUCUUUCUCUCUCCUCUCUCAGCCCUCGAACCCCAAUCUGUUUCUUGGCUCUGCUUUUACUCCUAUCCCUUCUUUCCCACAAUUCACGCUCUGAGUUCGUUCCUCCAUCAGUUUUCACUCCCCAAGUCCUUUUUUUUCCUCUUCUGGGAUAAUCGAGAAAUCUCUCAUUUUUUUUCAACCUUUUCUGUGAAUUUUGACAUCUGGGUUCUGCCUGAUUUCGAGCUUCCCUUUCUGGGUUGUUAUCAACUAACUGUUUCAGCUUUUGGAAAGCCUGGUUUCUGCUUCUGGGUUCUCUGGAAUUUGAUCUGUUUUAAGAAAGGUGAAGGCGUUUCAGCUAUUUACCUGUAGAUUUUUUCAGAUCCUUUAACAAAGGAGCUUUUUUUUCGAGUAAUUUUCAAGUGGGUUUUCGAAACUGAAUGUAAAAAUCGGUUUUUCGCACUUGGGUUUGGAGUGUUGGUGUUGAAAAUGAGGAGGGGGAACGAGGAGAAGGUUAUGGGACCUAUGUUCCCAAGGCUCCAUGUGAAUGAUGCAGAUAAAGGAGGGCCGAGAGCUCCUCCAAGAAACAAGAUGGCCCUCUAUGAGCAGCUGAGCAUCCCAUCUCAGAGGUUCAAUCCUGGGGUGCUGCCUUUGAAUUCAAAUAACCAGGGGAGUCGUUCAGAUGGAAAUUUGGCUUUUCCACUUCGUGGUCGUACAUCUACACCUACUCAUCAGGCUGUGAUGUUUCAUGGUCGCCAGUCUGACAGAGCAAAUGUAAACGUGCCAUUUGAACACACCGACCUAAGAAGGAAGAUCGGAGAUGAAGAUGAUUUUAGUGUUCCUGUAUUUGUUCAAUCAAGGAUGGGUCUUGGUCACAGUAAAACUCCAAUUGGUAGUGAGGAAAAACUUACUUCCAUCAGCUCGCCUCAUUCUGACCAUUUAGUAAAAGUAAGAAACGUGGGGAAGAAGGAUCCAAAACAAAUAAGCUCCCCAACUCUGAAUUUAACACGAGAAUUGAGAAGUGAAAGAGAAGAGGACCUAAUAGAAGUAAGCGGUUCGAGUAAGGGCCAUUCAGGAAAAUUUGCCGCAAAAAUAUCAACCAUACAAAAGAUUGAUGGGCCCGUAGAAGCGAAUGCAUCACCAAAUCAAGAGGAUGCAGAAUGUUCUGUUCCGAGAUUCAACAGGUUAGCUGAGAGUGAUGCUUGCUUACAACAAGAGUCUAGAUCUGGGUCACAGCCAAACGUUACUGGACAAGGUGAUGGUCUUGUUGAGUCUUCAAGGGAUGUAGAGAAGGGAACUCUUUCCCAGGAAAAAAGUGUUUCUUGUUCUGGGGCGGAUCCUACCAGUCCCAAUGAGCCUGAUAAUGACAGCGAAUACCGUGGAGACAGAAAGUGUAUUUCACUUCAAAUGGGACAUGUAGACAAAAGUGAUGAUGUCUCAGAGACCUCCAUGGUGGAUUCUAUAUCCGGCAUGGACAUCUCUCCUGAUGAUGUUGUAGGAAUAAUAGGCCAGAAACAUUUCUGGAAGGCAAGAAAAGCAAUUGUCAAUCAGCAAAGAUUGUUUGCGGUUCAAGUAUUUGAGUUGCAUAGACUCAUUAAGGUCCAACGACUGAUUGCUGGAUCUCCACAUCUUUUGCUUGAAGAUACUGCUUUUCUGGGCACAUCUACUUUAAGGGGAUCCCCGGCAACAAAACUCUCAUCAGAGUAUGUUGUAAAGCCACUACUACAUGUUGUAAAGCGCAAACACGAACCUGAGAAGCCAAACAACAAAAUGGAAUGUUCUGCGGAAAAUGCAGUAGGGAAAAGGCAGUCCUUGGUGUUUCCAUAUUUAGGAAAUCCACAGCCAACUCCUAUGGCUUCUGAUAAAGCCAGUCCUUGGUGUUUCCAUCAGUCUCCUGGACAUCAACUGUUAAUUCCAGUAAUGUCGCCUUCUGAAGGACUUGUGUACAAGCCGUAUAAUGGACCAGGAUUUAUGGGAGGGCCAGUUUGUGGAGGAUGUGGACACGGCUCAACUCCGAUGAUGGGCAACUUUGUUAAGCCAUCUUACGGGGUUCCAUCUCAUCAUCUUCAAGGAAUGGGGGUUCUUCCUGUCCCUCCAUCACUCAAUGGUCAUACUUACUUUCCUCCAUAUGGCAUGUCCGUUAUGAAUCCUGCCAUGCCGAGCUCAGCAGUUGAACAAAUGCAUUGGUUUGCUGGACCCGUUUCACAUGGUCACACCGAUCAGUCAUCGGGAGGGGAUGCAAACUCCAAUUUGCAGCACCAAAGCUCAUGCAACAUGCCCCAGAAAAAUGUCACCAUUCCUAACGCCAAAAGGCUUCAGCCAUCUAAUGACAGUGGGUUGCAAGGAAGUACAGCAAAUAAUACAGGCGACAGAGCACCAAUGAGGACGGAUCAAAAUCCUGAAGGAAGCGAUGCGCUCCAACUUUUCCCCAUGGCUCCAGUGAUUCCAGACGGAGUUCCCCAAUCUCACGACAUAGGCCAGCCAAUGCGAGCUAUAAAAGUUGUGCCUCACAAUCCAAGAACUGCAACUGCGUCGGCCGCUCGAAUUUUCCAGUCCAUACAAGCAGAGAGAAAACAGCAGGAUUCAACCUAGCUAAUUUUCUCGAAGUUGGCGUGGCUCGGUCACUUCCUCCAUGUACCAUUUUCAGUAUAAUAUUGUGUAACAGGUAUUUUCUUUCGCAUGUCUCGGUCUUGUGAAUGUGUACAUUCAUAUGUAUAUCGUAUAUAUACCUCUGGAAAACUCACAAGCAGAGCAGUGUAAUGUGAACAUGCGAGAUGUUUUCUCUUGUAUUAUGUUAUAGUGGGGAUAUAAUGUAAGUAGCAAUGGCAUUGCUAUUUUCGGGUAGAACCGUAGAAGGUGUAAUUGCCCAUUUUUGAGUAUCUGAUUGUUGUUAACUAGAA